GCUUGGUGUUUAAGGCGCGCAUUGUAGACGAGUGACUUUAGAUAAAAGGAUAUCUGGCAUCAGGCGCGCACUCAGAGAUGAGACCUCACAGAGGACGCAGCACAGCAGCAGAGAUUUCUUGGAUUUCAUCUUGAAUUUAUUCAUAUACAGUCAGUAUGUAGUCUUUUUUUAGUAAACUGGCACGUUGUUUGUCGAUCUGAAAUUUAUGGAAUAGUCGCCAUUAAUCUUAUUAUUAUUUAUCUGUAUAUCAAAUGGACUGAAAUGAUUCAAAUCAAGCUCGAAAUCGCGGUGACUGCAAUGUGUCAUUUCUGUUGAUUUCUGCAACUCGAGACCGCUCGACUACCUGUAGGAUUGCAUAGAGAGCGUAAGGGAGCUGAAGCCCAGGAGGUAAUGCGCAUCGUAUUACAAUUUGUUUUUUGUGAACAUUCCUCUUCUGCACCUUUAUAACCGAUAAACACCUGACUAACAUACGCUUAUGGAACCGCUGUAAUCUAAAGGAGAGACGACACCACGUUGUUUUGAAGAGGCGUUGGGAUGCUCCACAUUUAUCCUUCAAAUCCAAUUGAAGAUGCCCAGAAAACGGGGACAUUUCCAGCCAUAUACGACACAUCAAGCUCCGUUUGAACGCCGACAGUUGAAUCGUUCGCAUUUAUGUACCAUUUAUCCGAAUGCAUUCGUGACAGCAAUAGUUAAUGAAGCUGAUGCAAAACGGUGUGCAAUCUGUCGGGUGAUCGUUUUUGCAUGAGUGUGCACAUGAGUGACUAAUCGCACCUGAAACCAAAAUAACAGAUGAGGAAGAUGAAUGAAACAGGCGUUUUGAAUCUAUUUUGCUUUGAGCUUCCAACAAGCGCUCUGCUGUAGUAAAGUUGCAGUGGCCAAACUACAGCGGUGCUUUAUGAAGAUCAGUAUCAAAGUGCUGAUUUGCCCUCGCAGAGAUGCCCGUGCGUGCCGUGACUUCCAGGUUCAUGUACAGGGGACUUUGUUCAAUUCCAGAUAUCCUCUCUUACAGAGCUCCGAUCAGCCUCCCAGAGGAUGAAGUGGAGGAGAUCCGUGAAGCCUUCAAGGUGUUUGAUCGUGACGGGAAUGGAUUCAUCUCAAAACAGGAGUUGGGAAUUGCCAUGCGGUCUCUUGGUUACAUGCCAAAUGAAGUGGAGCUGGAAGUGAUCAGUCAAAGACUGGAUAUGGAUGGUGAUGGUCAAGUUGAUUUUGAGGAGUUUGUAACACUUCUUGGGCCAAAGCUGGCAUCUGCUGGUAUGCCUGAUAGGUUUCACGGAGCUGAGUUUGACUCCAUAUUCUGGAAGUGUGACAUGCAAAAGCUGACUGUGGACGAGCUCAAGAGACUCUUGUACGACACAUUCUGUGACCAUUUGACAAUGAAAGACAUCGAGAACAUUAUCAUGACAGAGGAGAGUCACUUAAACAGCCCCGAGUGCCAAGUAGAUAUCGAUACAAGCCCCAUGCAGCAAGUCAAGCACACGUGUGUGCGCAAGAGCUUGAUUUGUGCCUUUGCUAUCGCAUUUAUCAUCAGCGUCAUGCUCAUCGCAGCCAAUCAGAUGCUUCGAAGAGGGAUGCAGUGACUGGUUCUGUUUCUAAAACAGCUGACUGGCAACAGUCAGGCAGAAGAACAACAUCCCAAAAGCCCAAAACAAUUGACCCACUCUGUGAAAACUAUAUAAAAUCAUCCCACAUAAUGUGAAAAUUAAAGGGAAAUCAGUGGGUGAAAUCAAACUUUGAUGCUCUUAAUCUCAUUCAUGAGACUUUAGCCUGGAUUUUACAGAUGGGGUCAUUCAGUUUAAGUGUGUCAAUUAUGUUUGUGUAGAAAUAAGAGUAGGAACACUGAUUAAAUAAUAUUGGGAUAAAUACUAUGAAAUGUUUUCUAUUAGUUUAUGUUACUCAGCAGAAACAAUAUUUAUCUGUUAUAACACAGAACAUGACUUAUUUUAUUGUAGUUAUAAUCUACCUUCUAUUUAAAUAAUGUAUAAAUGCCAUAUUAGGGCCUUUGUGGACAUGAAAUAUUUCUCCUAUUUUUAAAGCCUGUGUAAAGUCAUUCGAGAAUUGUUUCUAAACACAUGAUAAAUGUUAGUAGUGUAUUGCUGAAAGAGUACAAAGUUGAAACAGUUUUUCCCACAUUUCAGUGUUCAGGAUUAUUUGGGCGGGGCUGGAGCCACCGAGCAUGGCUACAACACAGUCGCGAGCAUCCAUUUAGUUUGUUGCAGUAUUUGAAAGUUUAGAGAGACCAGCCUGAUCUCAUGAAAAUUCGUACAUAUUUUACAAGUUCGUAUGAAUUUGUACGAAGUUAAUCGUGCAAAAACGUACGAUUAUCAUAGAAAAAAUUAAAUAAAACCCCACCCCUAACCCUAACGUUAGUGUUGGGGGUAAGGCAUUACAAGUAACGUGCAUUAUGUAAUAAUAUUACUUUUCUGAAGUAACGAGUAAAGUAACGCAUUACUUUUUAAAUUUACACAUUUAUAUUUGAGUUACUUUUUCAAAAAAGUAAUGCAAGUUACUUUUUUAAUUUAAUUAAUUUGAUAAAAAAUUAUGUACUGAAUUAAACUAAACGUAGUCACAUUAUGCACUCUAUGCGUACACGCCUGUGUGGGAACAGUUUGAGUCAGAAACUGAGGCCAGAGAUCGACAUUUUUGUGAUGAAAUAUGCAAUUUCUGAAUGCCGAACUUUUCAAUCAUAAAAAACACCUGCAAGGCCUGAAAAAGAUCAAGCCUCAGCCAAGAAAAAGUAACGCAAAAGUAACUAAAAAGUAACGUGAAAAGUAACCAAGUAACGCAAUUAGUUACUUUUUUUGGGAGUAACUUAAUAUUGUAAUGCAUUACUUUUACAAGUAACUUUCCCCAACACUGCCUAACGUCCUACGAAUUGGUUUCAGUGCUGACAGUGGAAACACCCCAAGUAUUUAAGAGCAAAGAAUCCUGCCAUAUUUUUGUAAAACUUAGAUAACUUAUUUUAUUUUUUGAAUCAUUCAAAUUGGUUAACAUAUUUUUUCUGUGGUGUCUGAGAACACAUUUAAUAUUGGACUUUACACAGACUUGAUCAUGUAGGUUUACAUAGUUUAGCAUCAGCCUGAUCUCACAAGAAUUCGUACAUAUUUUACGAGUUGGCUAAUUUGUAUGAAUUCAUACAAAGUUAAUCAUGCAAACAUAUGAUUCUCAUAAAGCGAACAACACAAAACCGAACCCCUAACCCCGUAAAAUAAGCCAACUUGUAAAAUAUGUAGGAAUUCACAUGAGAUAGCAUUGCAGCAGAUAAAAGCAGACCCUCAACCUAGAUGUUUCAAACAUGGUCCAAAAUCAACGCUAUCUUAGAGAACUUGUACAUAUUUUACGAGUUGUCUUAUUUGUAUUAAUUCAUACAAAGUUAAUCGUGCAAAAACGUACAAUUCUCAUAAAAAGAACAACAACAAAACCCAACCCCUAACCCCGUAAAAUAAACCAAUUCUCGUGAGAUAGCAUUGCAGCAGAUACAGCGGACCCUCAACCUAGAUGUUAUAAACAUUGUCCAAAAUCAACGCUAUCUCACAAGAAUUCGUACAUAUUUUACAAGUUGGCAAGUUCGUAUUAAUUCAUACAACCACAUUCGUAAGUUUUGGUAGGAUUUGCCUUGACCCCUGUGACACUGGUGUUAGGUGUGAGGUUAGGUCUCAUUGUUUUGUUCAUGAGAAUUGUAAGAUUUUGCAUGAUUAUUUUUUUGUAUCAUUCAAACAAAGUUAUGUAUGAUUUCUCUUGAGAUUAGGCUGUCCAAAACACCAUCAGCUUGGAUAUUUGUUCUUUUUUAAAUGAAUAUAGACUGGUUAAACAAAAUUGCCCCCACCAUGCUCACAUCACCGACAGAUGUUAGGACGAGUAAAAGCAAAUAAAAAAGAUAAAUGAAUGUAUUUGAAAUUUGCCAGUACCGUACAAUGAUGGAAAUGAAAUCUUACCUGUGCAGUGAGAGUUUAACUUGCAAAAAAGUAUUUCUCCCAGUCUUAACUCUCAGGAUUAUGACAUAUCUUUUAGUCAUUUGUCUACUGGUUGUGUGCCAAAAGCAUUGUGAAAUAUGACUAAAUAUUACUAUUUGUAUUAUAUGUGCCAAGUGAGAGUAAAUGUUUGUGUGUAGAUAUACUUCAAAAUAACUGUUGAGUGUUAAUGCGUAAUGACAUAUUUGCAUGAAAUGUUUUGUAGCAUUUUGAUAACAUCAAUGUUGUUAAUGAAUAAUCAGUCUGUAUUUCAUUGUUCUCGGCUGUUGUGAUCUGUAUCGUAUCAGUUUUUCAUUUGUCCUUAAAUUGCCGUUCAACACCUAAAGAUUAGGUUUAAGGCGUUCACAGCAUGAUUUACAGAUGGACCAGUGAACAAAAGAAAGGGUCCUUAGCAUUAGUUCUUCAAAGUAACUUUAUAGCUUUAAGUUUGGUGCAAGUUUAUAGUAACAAGCAAUAUUCGGCUUAUGCAUACUCUGGAAUGUAUGCAUCUAUCUGUAACUUAUGCAUUUGUCAGCAAUCUCAGUGCCUAAACAAUAUGUUGGUAUUGUUCUGUGUGUCUCUGGUCAGGAUUCCAAAGUCUAUAUCUUAUGUGCACUUUUGAGUACAUAACACACAAGUGUUUGUGCAAUAUCAUAAGACUUAAUAAUAACAAUAAGUUGUGUUCGUUAACAUUUCUGUGACUACAAUUUGAAGAAGCAAAACUUAGCACUACAUACCUGCAUGCGACAAUGUCAUUAUAAUGAUAGGUAAUAAUAAGAGUAUUGCAUUUGUUUCAGGAGGGCUAGAGUAUACCAACAUGCAAGUUAGGGCUGGUUGCAGAUUAAUAUUUCAUAAAACUUUUUUAUUUCACAGAAAGUGAGAUACGUGGCUAGUUAGCAAACUUGUGUCAUCCUUAAUUUGAAAUAGUUUUUGCAGUUUGUACACUGCACAGACCAGGGAAGUAAUGCUGACAUGUCUGAAAAAUAUAUCAGUACCCAUGGGACUUUUCUUUGCAAUUGCACGUCUUUAAAAACUUCUUACAUGUAUUGUGUAAUGAUAAGGUAAGCUUUUUUCCUCUAAAUAUGCAAUCGAUGCUUAUUUGAUGACAAUUUACUGUGAUUUCAAGUAAUUGACAUAUAUGUACAAAUAAGAGGUACUGAUUUCAGGACAUCCGAAACAUAUCAUGCGUUCAAUUUCCAAAGUGUAGGCAUGUGAUCUACUGUGUAUUUGUGUAAGUUGUUUUACACACUAUUAGAAGUUAUAUAAUUUAACAUGGCAAUAUUUUUCAAUCAGCAUAAUGGAGUAUAACAAUUAAGAUAUAUCAAAUAUAUAUAUUUUAUUUUGUUAAUCUGUAUUUUUUAAAUUUUCUUUAAAAGUAUUUAUUUUAAUUCCACGUGGAAAAUACAGCACAUUUACUUAAAAUUCAAAUACAUAAUAACUUGUAUAGUUCAUGUAUUAUUAUAUUAAUGUACUGAUGUAACAGUAAUAUUUAAUUGAUGUAUGUAAUUUUAUAUUGCAUUAAUGUAGACAUAUCUUGAAUCUAUGAUGUGCCAAAACGUGCUGAUAAUGACAUUAAAUUGUACCAUGUGAACAAUUGAAAUAAAGCAGUGGUGGUUUA